CAGAAAAAAAGCCUAGCCACGUUGCCCAAACUGCAAAAGAUUGGCCUACGAUCUUUGAAAAGUGCAGUGAAAGGAUGAAUAAGCCAAUGGAUGAAUAAGCCGCUGCCUGGAUCAUGGAGAUGCUCUUACUUCGAUCAAAACCCUCCACUCUUUCUCAGAACUGACGGCUCAACCACACAGAGAAAUAAAGAUGGGGAGGAAGUUAUGAUUACAAAUACCUGUUCUAUAAACUCUUGUAGAUCUAACAAAUGUCUACAGGUGGGUAUUUUUGCUUUUUCAGGUUGGUCUCUUUCAAUUAAAUAUCUCAUCUUGACAACUUACAUUGUUGCCCCCAUCCUUUUUGCAUGGAUUUCAGAAGGGGUAGGGUCUGUUGGACUUCUACAUCUUUACAAGUUCGUCUCAGCAGUUUACUAUCAUCAUACGAUGUUCAACUUCAAGUUCGUCUCAGCAGUUUACAUGUUGGACUUUGGGUAAAUGGUGGUAAAUGUUCUCUUCGAAAAAUGCUCAGCUACAGAGCAGGUGAAAAGAGAGAGCAGGGGAAAAGAGAGAAGAGAAAAAGGUAAUAAAAGGAAUAGCAAUUGAAUGAGAGCAAAUUUUUUUUUAAGGUGAUUCUUCGUAUAGAUUAUCUUUAUUUUAAAAAUUAAUGGGUUGUUUGUCUUGCUAAAAUGAAUAGGAAUCACAAAUAAGGAAGCAACA